CAGACUUGUUACCUCUAGAUGGCUACAGACUAGUGAUUCUAAUAGUUCCUGGUAUAUUUAUGCACAGUGUGGCUAAAACCAUUUUAUAGGUAUCAGGUUUGUCAUAAUUUAGCAGCCUGGUUAGGUAAUGGAAGGAGAGCAGCCUGUGCCUACUGUGGAGCUUAACUUCAAUAGUUUUGUUGUUAAGUUGUGGCGUAUAGUAAACAGCCCACGUUAUCAGUCAAUAUUCUGGGAUACUGCUGCGAUAAAUGUUGUUGUAGUCAAGCAGAUGUUUGUGUCUGAGGUGCUUUGCCCUGAGGUGCCACACAGGGAAGAUACAAACCUUUUCAAGACAAAAAACUUUGAGAGUUUUAUCCGCCAGCUGAAUCUGUAUGGCUUCAGGAAGGUGCAGAGAUCUGACUGCAGGCCCUAUUACCCAGAAGAAGAAGGUGGGGUGCACGUUUUUCACAAUCCCAGCUUCCAAAAGGAACACCCAGACUUUUUGGUCAAUAUCAAGAGGCUGACCAGUAGUAACAAGGCCAAAAUAGCUGCAGGCCUUGAAGUGAAGUCUCGGCCAAAAAUUCGCUUGAGCUUGCUAAGUACGUGUGCAGCUGGGGAGAAGAAAAAUCUGGAUAACCAGGGUCAAGAGACAGUUGAACCCAAACAUUGCACCUUGCAACAUGAAAGUCCUCCUUCAAAUGCCUCGUUCUCAUUUAACCAAAUGGACCAGACAUCAGUCUCUCAAACAGGGAGUCUUUAUUUGGGUCUUCUGCCAGUACAGAGUCUGUCUACAAUGGAAGAACAGGAGUAUAGUGCAUUUAUUUCACCCAGAGCCCCAUACCAACAAGUGCUCUGUGCAACAGGUGAAACAGAUGCAGGUCCUGAGAUGGAUGAACCUAAAUCACACAUUUUGCAACUUGAAAAUGUUAUUACAGAUCCUUCCUUCUCUCCACCCUUCAGCAGCAAUAUAAACUUUCCAUUUAAUGGAGUGGAUCAGACACCAAGCCCUUCAACAACAGGAGGGCAUUCUUUGGGUCUGCUUCCAAUUCAGGGUCAGUCUACAAUAGCGGAAGCAGAACUGGAGUAUGGUAGAUUAGUUUCACCCAAAGCCCAAUACCCACCAUCGCUGUGUCCAACAGUAUAUCUCCAGUGCUGUACAAGUCCCACUGCAGCCUCAAGCUUACUUUAUAGCUAUUAUCAGACCCCGCCUAGACAGUCACCAAUCCCCAUGCACUUCCUGUCCCCAAAAAGGCCUAACCAGGAUUCAAGUGACCCCACUGAAGAUGAGCAGAACCUUCUAAUGCAGUCUCCUGUGCCUGUGAAUUUGCUGUCUCCAAAAAAGCCUAAGCCGAAUCCUGGUGACUGCAAGAAAGUAAAGGCAGAUAAUAUGGAUGCAUUGCUUUCAUUAGUUCAAACCCAGAGUUAUGAAAUUGUCCCUGAUAAUCAAAACAAAGAGAGAAGAACACUCUCAAACCAGGAAGUGGCACCUGACCUCUACCUCUUAGCGGAAGUAGCCUGCAUGAUGGAACGAUUGCCAGAAUAGACGUUAUCAGAAGAAGGAGAUGAGCAAUUGUAUUAUUUUGCACCACGGUGUUGUUCUUGUUUAGCCAUAUUCCAGACAGUGUAAUUUAUUGGUUAUCUAGUCUAUUUAAGAUAAGGAGGCAGAUUUAUAUUUAUUUUAUAAAUAGCAUUUAUAUAUUAUUUUAUUUACAUAUUAAACUGAGGGUUCAAGGGGAAAGCCAGUAGUUCAGUAUUUUUCCCUAGUUAUGUACACUUUUCUGCUAUUUACUAUUUACUAUUUUCUUGCACUUUUAUUAAUAUGUCAGUACAUCAUAAUUAGUUCAGCUACUUUUACCAGUCUGACUCCAUCCUGUGAUAUGGAAUGUUAGAGAUCAGCACUGAGCUCUAACACCCCAACUCAGGAAAUUAACAAGGAUUGUGUUACAAUUCACACAAUGCAAGGUAGCAGAAGAAUAACAAUUUGCUCGUACAAACUGAUAGUAAUUCAGAAAAAAAGAAUAAGCCCUUAUUGUUAUUUUUUUAUGCUCAUGUUAUACAAGCAAUAGUUACUUCUUCCCUUAGCCUGUACAGUGUUGUUAUAGUUCAUAUCAAAGAAACACAAAGAAACUGUUUUACACUAUAGUGAUAUGAACCGUGAAGCUAUCACUUUGUCAUAGUAACAUGCUCCACAGAGAAGGGCUGGCACAGGGAUUAUACUGUUCAUUAGUAAUGUCAGUUUGGUGCAGAAAAGCUAAAAGCUGCUUCUUGUAGCCUGACGAAGGGGUACGCCCCUGAAACGUUGCCUUGAAUAAACACGCAGGGGUUAUACCCCGCUUGCACUUUACUUGUUGUGCCGGCUGAAAUAAUUUCUACUGGUGGCAGUAAUGCCAUAUAGCAGAACUCUCAAACUAUUACUUCUUAAGGAGCUUCUUUUAUUAUAAGUAUUUAAUGUAAAAUAUAACUUAUCUGAAGCAAGAUGUUAUAACUUAUCUGACGCAAGAUGUUAUACCAUCCUAUAUAUAAAAAUUGUAAAAUGUGAUCCACACCCGCAGUGAAAGUGUGUUAGCAUAAGCCUUUACAAUGAGAUUUUACAUUCUGUAACUCUAUGUUUUCGAACGUAUAUUUUGAGAAAAAUGUCAGAGAGAGGAGUAGGGCGAUGUAUGAUAUUAAGUCCCCAUUUCUCUGUUGUUUAUCAUUUUAAACUAGCUGUUUCUAAAGAUUUUUCUAUUUUCAGUAUUUAAUGUGAAGCAAUAUAUACAGUAUAUCAGCAAAUCUGAAACAGUAUUAUACCAUGUGCAAUGUCAGUAAAACAAACAGUUUUUUAAGAAAGCAGUGGAAAUCUGGCUGCAAAUAGCAUUUAAAAAUCUAUUUGAUCUUGCAAAGUACUUCUUUAUAGUCACUUUUUUGUAACACCGACAGUAUAACUUGUGUUGUUUAGAUGUACAUAAUCUGCCCCAUUUCUCUGGUCAGAAACGGAACUGUGAUGUUGCUAUUCACCAAGUAAUUUUAAGAAAUUUUUAAAGCAUUUUUGAUUUGUAAUGUAAAACCAACUAAUUUAUUAUUUUAAAUAAGAAUUGGACAUUCGUUUUAUAAAAAGCAUUUUUAUUUGUAAUGUCAAACCAAUUAAUUUAUUAUUUUAAAUAAGAACUGGACAUUCCACGUUAUAGAAAGCAGUAUAUGAAAUGAGUAAUAUCUACUAAAACAGUUUGUUUUGUGCACAUAACAGGAAACUACAAGAGCUUAGAUGACAACCAUUUGGGUUUUCCAAUUGCCUGACUAUGCGCUGUAAGCUCAAUGCCUUGUACCACUUUACUGAAUGUAUUGCUGUUUUUUUGUACUCUGUGUUAAAUGUUUUUCAUUAAAAAAAAAUGCACUGAUAA